AUGACCAUUGGAGAUACCAAGAAAGGAGUAACUGUAUAUAGAACGUGUACGGAGAACGUGCAUCUUGUUACACGUAAGCCUAUGAUCAAUACUACUCUAAUCAAUGGAUAUGAGACGCAAUGUCGAAAGAAACAUUUAUUAGAUGUCUGGUAUCUCUAUCAAGGAAGUGUGAGGCAUCUGCAGGCUAAAGAUAUACGAGAAUUAGAUUACGUGGUCGAUUGGCUAAAGAUAUACGGGAGGGAUGCUGUGGCCGCUGUGUCUUGGUCGAUUGCUUGCAUCUCCGCUCCAGAGACACUUGUGGUUGCAAGCAGGGCGGACCAGACGCUCGGCCGGAAAGAUGGAGGUGGGCUCUCGGGCCUCGGUCAUCUCUGCCUCUGUCUCGUUCAUGCAGAAGGACUUAUUGUUGAAAUACUUGUGCUAUGGUCGCAAGGCCUAUUAUUCCACCAAGCGGCCGUGGACUGUGCGCGCGCCGCCAUCCUCAUCCCCCUCGGCCGGUCCAUCUACAACUGCGUGCCGGUCGCCAAGUGUUCAUUAGUGGAGACUGCCUUCCUGCUGCUUGUCACGGUUUCCACGAUCAACAUGUUAACAACGGUCCUCAACGACGCCCCUCUGCUGCCAGAGGACUCGGACCAGAAGCAGAUGCCGCUGCUGAUGGAGUCCCCUCAGUGUGUGCUCUUCGGUACCUUCAUGAUAUGGUUCGCUUCCAUCACCAUCAACUUGGGUCCCACGUUCCUCUCUGGGGCUCUGGCAGCUAACAUCGAUGAGGUCCACAACGCCCCUUCCUGCCCCCUUAUCACGGGUCCUCUCCGUCACUAUGUGCUCAACGUGCUCUGGAUCGUCAUCAACGUCCUCGUGGUGCUUCUCACGGUCUUCCACCUCUACAAGCUGUACAGGGACCUCUCCAACUCGUCCCUGGAGGCUGUGCGCAUCGCCUCGCUCGUGACCACCAUGAUCAGCGUCACUCAGCCUCAGAAUCAAGACCCCGAGGCCAGGGAGCACCGUCAGGUCAACAGCUACAUUAACCGCAUGGAGCGCGAGGGCGUCGAGAGGGUGAAGAUGUUCGUGGUGGUCACCGUCGCCUAUGUGGUGUUCUGGGGCCCGCUGUUCCUGGUCACGCUUCUCACGCCGUCGGGAGGCAAGUCGGGACUCAGCCACGAGGUCACCCUCCACGUAGCUUACGUCCACGCCUUCGUCAACCCAGCGCUCUUCCUCGCUCUCCACAAAGGUCUCCGGAAGGCGGUUACUGACAUCAUGUGCUGUCAUUGUUCCUCGAUGUACAGAUAGUUCCCUUGUAACAACCGAGGCACCGAUCUCUUAACUACCAUAAAAAUCCGACCCAUAACUGCCAUGAUUUCUGAAUCACAGCAGCUCUGACCUCUCCUGACACGCUGACCCUGG